CUUCAAUCGGUAAUGACAGCGUUAUAGCAAGCGUGUAUAACGCAUCUUUUUGUACACAACAGUUUGAAGGGUGCAUGGGAGAUGAUUUAUUUGGGAACUAUUCGUUCUGGAAGUCAACCGAACUUGAGUACCCUAUCAUACAAGUAUCGAAUCUAACUGAUUUCAGUGAUGUCAUCAAAUGUGUUGAAGAACAGGGUAUACCAGAAUUUCUGCACUAUGCUGACGAAGAUACAUAUUUGCCCGACGAUGCGACACUAAUGACGAAUCUAGGGUCAUGGCAGGGGACUAGUUACAAAGCGGCUGAGCCUAGUACUAUGCAAAAUUCCAAUACACAACUUUCUAAAAGAACUAACUAGAAUCAGCAUAUUGUGUAUUCGUCACGCGGUUACCGUAUUAGCUGUAUAUUUAUUCACUCAGAUUAUGCAAUGAGUUGAUGCUACACUAUACCAUGCCAGGAAACCCAUAUAAGUCUGGAUCAGUCCGUAACACUAAUAGCUGGGCAGUAAGAUACAUGCUAGCAUACCACCACGAUUGCAGGAGCCAAGCUUGUAACUAUUUAACAAGUAAUUCCUUCAGGCCGUGUGUAUGCACUCAGAGGUAUGCCCGCUUAAGAUGUCAGAAUUUAAGGAAGAGUGAAAUAAGAAUAAAUAAGGUAUAACAAGGAGAGAAUUAUUACAGUAACGGAAACACAAUAAAUAGACAUUACAAG